AUUUAAAUUGACUUCAUAAUUGGUGAAAUUCAGAAUAAAUAAUUAUUAUAUGAAGGAUAUAAACCCAUUUAUUUAGAAUGUCCAUUCCUAUUUCCAUUUUUUCCGGUUUGCUUAAUGUCGUUCGAAAUCAAGUAAUUUACGAAGAAAAAUAAAACUCCGCGAGCAUGGAAGUUCGUCAUUUCAAUGUUGUGCAAAACAACAAACUCGCAUAAACAAACGUGUCAUUAGUUUAAAGCAUGAUGCAGAAAUACAUGAAAAUUUCAUCUUUUUCUGUGCAGAAGAUACUUAUCACUGUAUUCGGUAUAAUUUGAAAGAGUUUGAGGGCUUUAAACAUUGCAAAAUUUGGUGACCAGUUUUAAAAGGCAUUUGUUAUAAAUAUGCGGACAUUUCAUUUACAAGUACUAACAAUUUUACUGGUAACUAGUAUUCUUUGUCAGUCUGUCUUCUGUAAUGAACCAGUUGAAGAUAAAAAUAAAAAGACUUCAAAAUCGGUAAAAUUAAAAAAAGAUGCUUUAGUUGAACCCAAUGUCCAAGACAUUUCUUCAAGUUCUAUUUCUAGUCAAAAAGAGAAUAAAAUAGAUACCACUAAUGAUAAAAAAGAAAUAAGUGAUAAAUUGUUGGAUGACUCAGUCUCAACAAAAAGCAAUUCAGUUAAGGAAGAUGUGAUUCAAAAAGAUUUUGAGGCUAACCAAGAAAAUGAAUUUUUGAAGGAAUUCAAAAAAGUCACUGAAUUUGAAGCAGAAGAAAGUGAAUUUGACUUUUUAUCAGAUUCUCAGCAAGAUGCAGAUCCUCUUUUUAGUCACUUGAAUCCAAGUGAAUAUAAUAUCAAUAGCGACAUUGAGUAUUUGAAUGAUGAUUUCAGAAGAAGAGCAGAAGAAAUUGCUAAAGAUGUUAAAAAUGUUCAAGAAUACGUCCAAGUAGUGCAAAGGAAUUUUGAAAAGAAGAAAAAAAUGGGAGUUGCUGAAGAAACUGCUGUUCUUCAUGAAAUGUCUGAUAAUGAGUUAGAAAAAAUUUUUGAAGAUGCUAUUUUAGAACAACUUGGUAAAACCCAGCAAUCAGUAGAUUCUGAUUUCCAGAGCAAGGAUGCAAAUCCUAGUUUCAGUGAUUUAAAUUCUAAUGAAAUUUUACACACUACAUCUCCGUCUGAUAGACUCAUACCUCCACUUGGAACUGAAGCUAAAAGAAUAAACACUGAAUACUCUGAAAAAAUCUUACAUAAAACUGAAGCACCGAAGCAAGAUGUGGAACUAUCUGAAGAAGAAAAACAAGCAAAUGUUCUAUAUGAAACUGCUGUUUUGAUUUUGAAUUCUACUAAACCAGACAAAAAAAGAGCUUAUGACCUUUUUAAACAAGCUGCUGAACUAAACCAUCUAGAUGCUGGAAAGCUUGUGGGGCAAGCAUAUUUUUUUGGAGAUGUUUUCUCACAAAAUCUUACUGCUGCAAAGUAUUGGUUUGACAAAUUAUCUGAUGAAAAAGGUUCGCCAUUUGCUCAGAUGUACCUGGGUCUGAUAUAUGCAGCUGGACUAGGAGUUCCUGCCAACUUAGCAAAAGCUAUUGUGUACUACACAUUUUCUGCUUUGGGAGGAGAUACUUGGGCUCAAAUGAUUAUGGCUUAUCGACAUUGGGCGGGUUUAGGAUUGCUCCAAAGUUGUGAAUCAGCUUUAACAUACUAUAAAAAAGUUGCUGAUAAAGUAGAAGAAGAAUUAUCAACUAAUGGUGGCGGCGUAGUUCAGCGCAUUCGUUUGUAUGAUGAACUUGAAAAUCUAGGUUCUGCUGCUGGAGUGCUCGAUGAUGAUCUUAUUCAAUACUACCAGUUUUUAGCUGAUAAAGGUGAUGUCCAGGCUCAGGUUGGACUAGGUCAAUUACAUUACCAAGGUGGUCGUGGAGUUGAACAGGACCACGCAAGGGCUUUGAAUUAUUUCAUGCAAGCUGCUGAUGCAGGAAAUGCAAAUGCAAUGGCUUUCUUAGGAAAGAUGUAUUUGGAAGGUGGAAAUGUUGUUAAACAAAAUAAUGAAACAGCUUUGAAAUAUUUCACAAUGGCUGCUGAAAAAAACAAUCCUGUCGGACAAAGUGGCUUAGGUUUAAUGUAUUUGCAUGGAAAAGGUGUUCCCAAGGACUAUGCAAAAGCUUUCAAGUAUUUUUCCCAGGCUGCUAGUCAAGGCUGGGUAGAUGGCCAGUUGCAACUUGGAAAUAUGUAUUAUGCUGGCUUAGGAAUUCCUAAGGAUUAUAAAAUGGCAAUAAAGUAUUUUACCAUGGCAUCUCAAUCAGGUCAUGUACUGGCAUUUUACAGUCUUGCUCAGAUGCAUGCUACUGGAACUGGAACUGUUCGUUCUUGUACAACUGCAGUUGAACUAUUCAAAAAUGUUGCUGAAAGAGGUCGUUGGGGUGAAAAUUUAAUGCAAGCUUAUUCUGAUUUCAAAGAAGGGAGAGUUAAUGAAGCCCUUGCCAAAUAUGUUGUUUUGGCUGAACUUGGCUAUGAAGUUGCACAAAGCAAUGCUGCAUUCAUUUUGGAUAGAGGUGACAUUGAUAUCAUUGCCAAAAAUGAAACUUUUAAUCGUGCACUUAUGUAUUGGAAUAGAGCUGCUGCUCAAGGCUAUUCAGUUGCUAGAGUUAAAGUAGGAGAUUAUCACUAUUAUGGAUAUGGAACUGAUGUUGAUUAUGAAGUUGCAGCCACACAAUACCGAAUGGCCUCUGAACAACAGCACAAUGCACAAGCUAUGUUUAAUUUAGGAUACAUGCAUGAGCAAGGUUUAGGAAUGAAAAAGGAUGUCCACCUUGCAAAACGUUACUACGACAUGGCGGCAGAAACUAGUUCUGAUGCUCAAGUUCCUGUUGCAUUAGCUUUGGCUAAGUUAGGUGUCGUAUAUAGCAUUCAACAUAUACAAGAAUUAAACUUCGAUACUUUGCUGCCCAGCAUAAAUUUGAAUAAAAUAUUAGGCCCUGAUUGGGAUCUGUAUAUCAUGACAACACUGGCUAUGGUCUUGGGCAUUGUUGUAUACUUCAGAAGAGUACCUCAAGGAUAAAAAAAUUAAAAUGCUUGUACAAUAACUUAUUUUCUAUCCCCGCUUCUUGUACAUACAAUACUAUGAGUGAAACUCAGUGUACUAAAUUAUGAAUAAAAAAAUGUCUUUCUA